AUGUAUGUCGUCGGGAACACAUCCAGAUUACUGUUGUCGAAGACGUUGCAUUUCCCUGAGGGAGAUGUCGUUGAUUUCACUGUCGGAUGCUCUAUUUUAUCUUCAGGAGUACCAGAUGGUAUUGUUGGGUUUGGGCGUGGAUUCCAAUCUUUACCCAUCCCAUAUCGUGUUUUGGUGGCUGGAGCUGAUGGUAACGGCGGAACCAUCAUUGAUUAUGGGUCAACAUUCACAACGAUGGAUAAUCCCAUCUACGAUCUAGUCGAAAAAGAGUUUGAAAUUCAAAUGUACAAAGGCAAUUGUAAUAGAGCUACUUAUGCGGAGUCACCAGAGGGGUUCCGUAUGUGUUACGCCGCCAUAGGAGGCAGAGUACCGAUGUUUCUAGAGCUAACGUUUCAUUUUAAAGGUGGUGCGAAAUUGUCACUACCGAUGGCCGAUUACUUCUCCCAGGUGGAGCCCGAGUGA